GUACAUAAAUGGCUCAACAUUAAAGUAACUUUCUGCUUGUGUGUUGGCUCAAACAUCUCUCAGUGAAAUAUUGCACUCCAACUUCUAAACUACACCAAUACACAUACUGCCAUUACAUACAUACAUACAUACAUAAUAUAUCUAUAUAUAUAUAUGUAUGUAUGUAUAAUGUAUGGCACUUUUUUUUCUGUAUUAUGACUAUGAAAUAUUCUGGACCUUUUAUUUUGCUUUUUUUUUAAGGAUCCCCAAUUUGGAUAAAUAAAACAAGGAAUUGAAACAAUUUUUAAAAAUCAGUUUAGUUGUAAUUUUUUCACGUAGCAUUUCUGUCACACACAAUAUAAAAUGAUUCUUUCGUUCAUUCAUUCCUUUGCUUAACAUCUGUUUUAAUUUCUGCUUACCAAAUUCACUCACAACCAUCACAAGGCCCAGCCCUUGUUGCUGUGUGGUGGCUUAGGUUGUUUCAAUGACCCUCAGAACUACGCCAGAAGAACACAAGGUCCUGGUAGGUCCUUCCAUGCUGGACAGGUCAAUGGAUAAAGUCUAGACUUGGAGCUGCUUUUCUCAGAAGUAAAAAUGGGAUCGCAUAGGGUCAGUAACUACCUAGAAAAAAAAUGCUAAGUUACAAAAGCAUUGAUGACAAUUGAAAACUAACAAGACCUGGGAGAGGAAGACCUUCCUUCAGGAAAACAUGGAGCAGAAUAAUAAAAUCUGAAAGGAAAAUGCAAGGAUGCAGUUCAAGAGAAGCAGAAAAGACAUCCUAGAGUUGAGAACUGAGGAGAAAAGUUAUGGAUGGCCUAUAUUUCAUCAGAAGCAAAGGCUUAAGUAAAUUCACUCAUCAGGCAUUAGUCAGCCUGAUCUACUGGAGAAGACACUUGCCAAAGUGGUACAGAGUGGGAUUGAACUUCAAACCAUGGGGCUGCCAAGCAAACUUCUUAGUCGUGCAGCCAUUCAAGGUUGAUACAGUAUUUAAUAUGCGAAGACCAUAUGAUUUGGUGGCCUUCAUGAAACAAGAAGAAAGAGCAGUGAUGUUGGAUAACUUGAAAAAGGAACUGUUGAGUCGAAAGGAUGAAAUUGAUAAAAGUGAAGAUCGUGACACUGACCUGGAGCAGAGAUUUUAUCGAUCUGAGCCAGACUGCAUUGCUGUUGGUAAACCAUUGCCAGAGUUUGAUCUUUAUAUCAGUACUGUCCUGCCUUUAGAAAACAAGGGUAUCAGACAAGAGGAACAUAUUGAUUUCAAAGCUGUGCCAAGUAACAAACCUCUUCCCCCUGAUUGUACCCAAGUGACAGAUCUUCACUAUAGCAUCCAUGCAUUCGAACAUCUUGAGGGCAUGAAAGCAAGAAAGAAUCUUUCUGGUACUGCUGAACUUGGUCUGAAGAAUGCUAUUCCUCAUCGAGAUAAUGUUGAUGAUUAUGGAAACCUGAUCUAUGAAGCUAUGAAGAAGAACAAAACGUCCUGGGUUCUAUUCAACAUGGCAGCAUUUUACUGGCGUAUCAAGGGAGAUUCCUACCAAGUUAUUGAAUGUCUACGCAGGGCUUUGCAUUAUUCUCCAAGGAUGCAGAAGGAUGUGGCUCUGAUUAGUUUGGCUAACGUCCUGCACAGGGCCCGUUAUUCUAAUGAGGCAGCUAUUGUUGUACAUGCAGCUCUUGAUGUCUCAAAGGAGUUAAACGUUAACCACUUCACUCUGGGUAACAUCUACCAGGUUCUGGGAGAGUACAAUAAGUCUGUGAUAUGUUUUGAAAAUACUUUGAAAAUCCAGCCAGAAUUUGAAGCAGCAGCAAAACGAAAACAUGCCGUCCUCUGUCAUGCAAAGCUUGAAAGUGCGUUGGAGGCUCAGCAUAGUGGAGAGUGUUCAUUUAUGGGUGAGGGGUUUAGUGUAAUGUUAGAGCUUGUGAAGUUAGUAUUUGAGAAGUUGUUGGAUUUAAAAGAAGAGAAGGGGCUGGUUUCUUGUAAUCUGCAGAAGAGUAAAAGAAGAUGUUACCAAGAUCAGUUAAGCAACCCUAAAAACAAAAAUGUUCAAAUUGAGGAAUGUUUUGGCAGUCGUAGUUGUUUUGUUAAUUUUCUAGUUGCUACAUUACAUUCAAAAUCCUUCCCAAUAUACAUUGCAUUUCUUUGUGUUCCAGGGAGUAAAACCGGAAAUACUGGAGCCAAUCAAGACGAUUUCUGUCAAAUGACAGAUCGACAUGGUCAUCAUAUACUAGAAUGUAAUCGGGACCGGAAACCAUCUUCCAACUUUGAUUUCUCUCUAAGUUCAGAGGAUUCAUCAUCCAACAUUGAAACUAAGGAAAAAGAUCCUGCAUGGAGUUUAGAUGCAAAGUCAACAACCGAUUAUUCUGUGCCAGUCAGAGCACCAUUAUAUUCUGCUGAAAGCAAGAACCAUCAUCACAAGGAAAUGCCCGUUGACUGGCCAUCGAAGGAAGAAUGUGAUGUUUAUGUUCAAAAGUUUCCUGAUCCUCAAAACAUGUCAACUGUUUACCUGUCCCCAGAAAACAAAGGAUUUGAAGUCCGUGCUUUACUUUCGGAAGCUCAGAGUCUUUAUGCUGGAGAUGAACAUCCCCUGCCAUGGUAUCCACCCAUUUGUACCCCACUUUUGGAUAUCACUGAUGGUAGUGUUCUCACUUAUGAUCACAUCCGGUCUGUGGCUGACCGGGCUAACUUUGCCCUGAAGUUUCCUGAGCCAGCCAUGAGACAGAUUCUCCUGGACCACGUAAACAACGGAAUUGUCACCAAAGAAGAGGUUGGACAGAGGAUCCUUACUGCUUUAAAACAGAGUAUUAGUCCAAAUUGGAUUCUUUUCAACCUAGCUGGACUCUAUUGGAGAAUAUUGGGCAAUGCUUUCUAUGGAAUUGAAUGUAUAAGACGGGCCCUGUACACAGUUCCUGAACUCUACCGAGAUGUCCCUCUCAUCAAUCUUGGCAGCAUUCUAUAUAGAGUUGGUCGCUAUGAUGAUGCAAUUGUUGUCAUAAAAGAUGCUCUUAUGAUUAACAGUGUAGAGCCUUUGACCAACUAUUUUUUGGGCAAUUUACUUGUUGCCACCCAAAACUAUACAGGUGCUGUGUGGCAUUACGAACAAGCUCUUGUAGAACCAUACGGUCUGAAAGAAGCUUACAGUGCACUGCGGGCAGUGAAAUGUCAACAGAAGUUUCACAAACCGGCGCAGAGUGAGGCCUCGCACCAUCUGAGUGAUACAAAUGGCAUGACCGAUUCUUCCACCACAAGUCCCAAUUGUCAACAGAAAAUAAUGUAUUCUACCAACAUUCCUCAAGGAGAGAGCAGGGUCAUAUGUCAAACUGAGAACGGAGCUGAAAAGUGUGUCAUUGAAACACGAAGCCAUUCCAAAUCUUCCAACUGUGAUGGUCAUUGUACUCAAACCUGCACAAUUAUUCCUAUCAAACUGGAAUCUUGUGCUUCAGCCAUGUCAUCACAAGGAGGUCUUGGGGCUGCAGUAAUGGCUGCUACAGAAUUUAACAAUGGUAUUUGUGAUCAUGAUGCCGAUUGCCCAGGGAAUAAAGACUCUUGUAAAGAGGAAAAAUGUCAUCAAAUUAAUGUUCAGGUAAGGUACUUGAUUAGACUAUAAAAUCAUUGAGGUGGAAAGAAUGCCAGCCUGCUGCGAUGGUUGGAGGGAUUUGUAAUAUUACAAUUACAGUGAGAGACUGUAAUGAGUGGAUUUGGUAGACAGGAACUGUAUGGAAGCCUCUGUGUGUGUGUGUGUGCCUGUAUUUAUCCACCUCCACCUCUUGACCCCAAAUGUUGGUUUGCUUACAUUUCCAUGACUUAGCAGUUCAACAAAACGAGGCCAAUAGAAUAAGUAUCAGACAUCAAAACAGAAAUAUAA